AACUCCAAACUUUUACGGCGUACCUCACAGGUUUGUUUUAUAUUGUCUUCCCUCUUUCCUAUGAGAAGCUAGGUCCUAUUAGCUAGCAGAACACAAUUGUUUUCUCAUUAAAGCCUAAACUUGGGCAUCACUUGCGGCUGCUCUAUCAACCAGAGGGCACAUUUUGGAUUUUUUCUGCCAUGUUUCUUAGACGAGCUGCUGUCACAUUGCCUUACUCAAGAAGCAUCUUUUCUGCUAAAAGUACUCAUGAUCUUGCAAGUGCUAUCACUGAGAUGAAUAAGGAAAUGGAAUUUGUAUUUGGAGAACCACCUUCUGGUGGUGGUUUUUCCGGUUCACUUAAUAAUGAUCAUAUGCUACAAGAACCAAAAUUCAGUCCUAUUGACAAUAUUUUGGCUCAAGACUCCCAGUCUAUAUCUGAUUCUAUGAAUCAAAAUGCACUUGAGCUGACACAUGUUGACAGUUCAGGAGAAGCCCAAAUGGUGGAUGUGUCUCCCAAAGAAAAUAGUAAGAGAACUGCUAAUGCUACUUGCAAGGUAUUACUGGGAAAGAAGGUCUUCAAUAUGGUUUUAGCCAACCAAAUGGCAAAAGGAGUUCUUACUGUGGCCAAAAUAGCUGGCAUAAAUGGAGCGAAGCACACUAGCAGCCUCAUCCCACUUUGUCAUAAUAUCAUUCUAAGUCGUGUGCUGGAUCUAAUGCUGAAUCCAGACAAUUACAGUACGGAAAUUGAAGGCGAGUCUUCAUCUACUGGGAAAACUGGUGUUGAAAUGGAAGCAUUGAUUGCCGUCUCCAUUGCGGGCCUAACAGUGUAUGAUAUGUGCAAGGCUGCUUCUAAGGAAAUGCAGAUAACAGAUGUAAGGCUUGAGCGUAAAACUGGUGGGAAGAGUGGGGACUGGCAUCGAAACACAACCAUACCAAUGCAUACAUCAACCAAAAAUGAUAGAGAGUCUGAUCAAGUAUUGCAGGGAGGAUUAAAGAAGUAAUGGCUUCUUUCAGAGAAGAGUAAAAUGCAAGUGCAGCAAAAUGAAGUGGAGGUUAUCAUAUUUACACAAAAUAUUGCAAGGUCUCCUUUUCUAUAUUUCAUGAAUUUAAUGGUUGAAUGAAAUAUUUACCAUCAAAUAAUUACUUUGAUCUCCUUAUCAUAUAUUUAUCAUCAACUAUUUGAAGGUUCU